AGCUUGGCUCAAGACCAACGAGCACAGCGACACGGAGCUGUUGAACUGAGUGAGCAAAUCCAUGGACCGAGGCCCUCGGCCACGACAACAAAUGCGGCCGCCGGCCCGGGGCCGACGGAACAAUGAAGAGGAGGGCCCGGCAGUGCGCCGGAGCUCCUCAGCUCCGGGCCGUGGUCGUGAGGCCGUCCAGGCUGCCCCGGAGCCCCGUCGCGAACGACGCCGGGCAGCGUCUACGGGUCGGCCGUCGCAGAAGCCGCAGCGCCCCACACCCAAAAAGAAGGAUUGGUCUCAUCCUGAAGGAAAGAAAUUCGACGAACUGGAAGUGGACAGCUCAGUCGAUGGUGUCGUAGUGAAUGUCGGUGACUACGGCGUCUUUGCAGACAUUGGAUUUGAGCAGAAUGUCAUCUUGGCUAUUCCAAGAAGGUUUUGGCGCCGCUUCCGCCGUGGCGAUGUGCUGGAGGACAUGAAAGUUGUCUCCGUGGACCUCAAAGCGCGCAGGGCGACGGUCACGGUCCAGGACGUUGAGGAAGCGCUGCAAGGAAGCCGAGUUCCACUUGAGGAGCUUCAAGAAGGAAACUACGUCAAUGGUGUUGUGGAUUCAAAAAACCAGUAUGGCAUUUUUGUGAACAUCGGAGCUCACCUUUGUCAUGGCCGCCUAUCAGUGCCACGCUUUCUGGGCAACCAGCUCAUCAGGGGCCAGGUCUUGCGAGAUCUUUGCAUUGCCACCGUGGAUGUGGAGAACAAGCGGGUCCGUCUGAUCCUCGAGGAUCUGGAAUCUGCAAUUGCCGACCCAGAGAUGGUGUCUCUCCAGACGCUGACAAUGGACAUUGAACCCGGUAGUGAAAAAAAGGAGGCGAAGGUUGAGACGGAAACCAAAGCACAGCCUGCGUCUGAAAGGCGUGCUCCCAAGGCUCGGAGUAAAGCUCCCAAGGUGGAAGAGCCCAAGAAGGACUUGUCCCUGGCAGUGGGCGACCUUGUAGAUGGUGUAGUUGUUACCAUCAACAACAAGGGCGUCUGGGUAGACAUAGGAGGUCCUGAACGUGCUUUGCUGGAGGUGCCGCCGGAGCUGAAGAGUGAGUUCCGACGUGGUGAUGGUGUUCAGGGCAUGCGCGUGGAGGAGCUUCCCGAAGAUGGGGCGCCGGUGCUUUCCAUGGAGGAUCCCGAGCUGGAGGUGGAAGAAACCAAAGGGAAGAAUAAGAACAAACCACAGGGCAAGGCCAAGGGUAAGUCUCUGCGAGGCUGAGAUUGAGGUACGUAGGAAACUAAUCAUGUAAAAAGCUCGCACUCUGAGUGCUUUGAACAUCCCUUGCUGGGAGUCAUGGGACAUUUGCAC